AAGGCUUCUACAAAAUAUCCAUGCAGAUCAGUUCAGCUUUUUCAACAGUGCGUUCUGUGUGGUUUUUUACAGCACCAUGAAGUUUUCGAUGUUAAUUUGUUUGUGCAUUGCCAAUGCAUUGGCCUAUCCAGAAGAACCACUCGUAAUUGAACCCAAGCCUGAAGUGCCAAUUAAAGGUGUACCCAUGAAAUUAGUGGAAAUUAAACCGAAUCCCCCAAUUAGAUCGAUCGAACCAUUGGCAAAUGAAGAACAACUUAAUGAUGGCGGUGACGAAAGUCUUGAACCAGCCGCAUCAGCUUGGGGACAUGGCUAUGGUAGAAAUUAUGGCUGGGGAGGUUAUCGCAGUUAUGGUGGAUAUGGAGGAUGGGGCGGUGGAUAUUCACGAUCAUACUAUAGACCACACGGUGGAUACUAUUCACGUUACAGAUCAUACUGGUAAUUCGUCGCAAGAAAAAAGAGAAAUUCAACAUGAAGAAUUUCAAGUAUAAAAUACAGCAUCAGUUGAAUAUCAAAAUUUAUCUCAAUAUGUUUAUUCUAUUUUUUUUUUUUGCAAUCACGCCAUUAUCACUACAAACUUUCAUUGAAUAAAAAGUUUCUUUCUUCGUCGA